AUGACCGUAUCCGUCUACGACCCAAUGAACAUUCCUCACAUGCCUAGAGCCCAACCUGUGGCCAUUCCCCGGCCACAGGUUGGCAUUGAGCGUCUCCCCACGCGGCGCAUGAGCAACGAACCUCGGGAGUCGAUGAAUUGCAAGUCAUGCCGAAAGCGAAAGAUUAAAUGCAACCGACUUAGACCCUCUUGCGAAGCUUGCCAGGUCUUCCAAUGCCCAUGUGUAUAUGACGCUGUGCCAAAGAAACGUGGGCCGAAGACGGAUGUGCUAGAAGCACUCUUGAAGAGAGUGGAUGGGCUGGAAGCAAAGCUUCGUGAAAAGAAUGACGAUGAUGCGUCGCCGACCAUUGCGAAUGCGCCAAUGUUGGGGAAGGCCGAUACCUCCGUGUCUGCCUCUCAGGGCGGAGAAGGGGGAGAGCCGGCCCCCAAGCGCAUCGCAAUUGAAGCGCGGGCGUCUCCUUGCGAUACAGACUUGACAAUGCUUUCUCCACAAACACCCAUCCACAGCGAACUAUCUCCAAAUGCCGCCCAGACAGACACUCUUCUUGACACUUACUUCACCCGAUUUCACGGCAAGCCAUAUUACAUUCUCGACGAAUCCUCCAUCAGGCAACGGCUUCAGUUGAACCAACUUCCUAAAUAUCUCUCCAACGCCAUUUCGGCUGUUGCCGCGAGAUACACUCCUCACCCAAGUGGAUAUCAAGCAGCUAUCAAGCUUAGCGAAGACUUUGCCACUCGUGCAAGAAGAGAAAUCAGUACUGAUGAUCCAUCCAUUGAUGCUCUUCAGGCGCUCCUGCUCCUCGUGAGCGCCUUCACUGCAUCUGGGAAGGGAAGGAAGGCAUACAUGUUAAUGACGAGCGCAACCGGAAUGGCGAUGGCGCUAGAAAUCCACCGAGAAAUGGACUCGCAGGCCCGAAUGACACCUGUCGAGCGAGAGAUGCGGAGACGACUCUUCUGGACUUGCUACUUGCUCGAUCGAUUCCAGACCACGGGCUCGAAAAGACCCUGCCUGAUUAGCGACAACACCAUCCUCCUCCGUCUUCCAUGUUGGUCACCCAACUCAUCGUCACUACCGGUUGAGGGGGAGUUCUUCCAGGCUGGCUCCAACCUCCAGUACUUUCAGGGCAGUGGUAAGAAGCCACAAGGAAGCACAGGAAUGCUCAUCGACAUCACACGGAUCCUCGGAACUACGAACCGAUAUCUGGCUGCGGGUGGCGUGAAGGGAGAUUCCCAUUUCCCUUGGCACUCCCUUUCUAGCUUGUCCAAGAUUCGACACGAUCUUGACAUCUGGGCAUCGGGUACUGAAGAUGUCUUCUCUAGUCUUAACACUCUCUUCGGCCAGGCGGACUCGACAGUUCUUGUCCUCAGCAAGCUCAUCUACCAUCUCAUCCACUGCCUCAUCUAUCGACCAUUCUUACCUAUCGACUUGGCCGAGCUUGCAGAGAUCGGGCAGCACCAGUCAUGGCAAAUCGAGGCUACCAACAUGUGCUUCCUCCAUGCCAACGCCAUUGCUGAAUUGAUAGAAUUUGGGAAGCAAACAGGUACGAUCGAAUGGCCUGCAUUUGUCGGUUACUGCAUCUGCACAGCAGGGACAGUUCACAUUCAUGGAGCACACUACAGCAAGCAAGGCGGCAACGGCGAGGUCAACGUCUUUACCUCAUCAGCGGACUUCCUGUCUCGGGAGAUGCAACAGCUGAGCGAACUUCGGUAUGCAUGGGCCUGCGUCCAACACCAACGGGAGACCUUGCAGGGCAUCUACAACGCCCAUGGGGAAUUGGUCAAGACCUUGGCACGAAACUCGAUGCGAUAUACCCCCAGCUUCCACAGUGAGGAUUUCUUCGAUCGCUACUCCAAUAUUGGUGGCCCAGGUGGCCAGUCCUUCAGUUUCGACGCAGCGAACUUGAGUCUAUCAGACGUGGUUGUCGACUUCACAGCAGACUCGUACACCGGGCACGAGCUUUACACCACUCGAGUCGCCGACGGGCCUGAUCGACCUAGCCUCAAGCGCAAGAACACAACUCAGAUGACCCGAAAGCGACCCGAAGUGAAAGUCAUUGCCAGCCUAACUACUUCGGCUUCCGGACUCCCAACUCCAGGAAACCCCCAACGAUCCUUCUCCUACACUAGUGGGAUGGUCCCACAAUCGUCCCCUGGACUGCUCGCAACCCCAACAUCGCUGCCACACCACCCAGAGACACACGAAAACGAGGCACAAAUCAACGGCUUGCAGGAUCAUCUCGAUGAAACAUCUGCCAACAGUGCUGCGGUUGCAGCAGCAGCAGCGGCAGGUUUUGGGAUGUCACCCACAACACACCACGCCCCUGGCCAGGGUAUGCCUGCCAUGGGAGGCGCACCGUUCAGCCCUCCUUACAGCUAUGCGUCUGGUUCUAGUGCAAACCACAAUGGCGCUACGGUGAUCAACGAGGCGAAUGGUGGCUACGAUGCUAUGUUUGGAACACUUCCGACAAACGCCUUCAGCAGCCCCGCCGCUUGGCACACUGAGGAGCACCAGCAUCACCACGCCAAACUCAAUCACACCCCGACUAUGGCGACUGCGCAAAGUCCCGGAAACAGGAGCAACAAUGGGAGUAUCGGCACGGGCCAAGGAGAGGAAAAGGAUCCGUUCCUGACGCUUCUUGAGCAGCUGGCGGAAAAUGAGCAACGGUCGCAGAAUGGUCACGGCAGCGACCUCGACUUUUUCCUGGGUGGCCCGGUCGCGAACUCCUGA